GAGACACACAUCGUCUUGGAGGUACUGCUGAGAUAUAGCAGAGGGGACAAUGAAAGUUACAGGGGUCUCAUUUUGGGCAGCCCUUAUGGUGACGUUGGUGACAUCUAAACCGUUUUGCCUACAUGCGGAAGAUGAUUCCUCAAAAUCAUCAGAGUCCAGUGAGUCGACGUCAUCAGAGGAGACCGAAGUCCAGUUCGGACCCUCACAACCGGCGCUAACAGACUCAGGCCCGCAGACGGAGCCCCUGGACUCCAAUCUUUCUUCAUCCACAACCGACUCGGGAGCGCCGCCGGUGCCUGAGGAUCCACAGACCUCCACAGACAUAGACCCUCUCCAGCCCAUCCCACAGAGUCCCUGUCAGACCGCUCUCCAUGUGGACGGCUCUCUCGGCACAGCACGCGACUCUCCGGAUGCCGCCGUGGCAACAAUCACAACGAAACCAAAAGGCACCGGCGCAUACGAGGGCCUCCAGCGGGAAGCCACCCCACGCGCUCCUUUGCAGGUCCUCACACGCACCCCUCUGUCGGUGUCCACGGUCACGCCCUCCACCAUCCCCGAAGACGCCCCUGCUACCAGUUCGGAUUGUUUGACCGUGCAGCCCGCAACAGCCGAGCCGGCGCCCCCUCGAGGAGACAGCAUAUGAGGAAUUAGGCCAUGUGGACUUGAAGUUUUGUCACAAUA